UUAACUAACUAGAUGUAUUACAAAAAAUAAUUCUUGAACGCAGCGAAGACAUUAGAUUACUACAUGCUAUAAACUAAUAAGUACUUGCAAAUCAAAUAUUUUUUGAUUUGGAAUUUACAAAAGUUUAAUAAUCUUUAAGAUAAUUGGGAUUCAAAAUAAUUGGACUUAAGAAGAACGAUAAACAAAGAAUUGAGGAGGAGAAUAAGAUCAUCGACGCAUUGUCGAAAAUCCUAAUGGUAAAUUUACCCGAAAGGAUGUAAAUAUAUAGAUUUAGUUAAACAAUAAUAAAACAAUUCAGACCUGAAAUGCACAUAAUAAGGUUCAAUCAGAAGGAUACAAAGGAUUUAUUUUCAAUGUUUAAGUAAUUCUUUAUGGCUGAAAAUAAUUUUGAUGGCAUACAUUUUGUACAAUAAAAUUAAGAAUCUGAUUUUAAGGUAACCGAUCAAAACAAAACAGAUGUCCACCGCGAUCGUAUUGAUCAAGUUUCUAGUGAGUAGAUCAAGGGAAGAAUUCCAACUGUUAAUUCAAUCAGCUUCGACAUCUGUCAUUGGGAAAAUGAAGUAGUAACUAGACAAGAAAACAGAUGACACAACUAAUGAGAGUAAAAUCGAGAAGACUGAACCAGAGGAGGUGAAGCCGAAGCUACUCUUAAGAAAGAAAGUCAUCAUUCGAGAAAAUACGUAACAAUAAAUGAAAUAGCCAGAAAUUAUAAAUCGUAGUGUUUCGGUUACUGAUAAAUUAGUAAUGUAUUCGCAAACUCAAGAAUCUAAUCCAAAUCCUGAAAAGGAAUUGAAAUAUCAAUUAAGAUUAUAAUAAAGAAAAUUAAGAAAAGAUCUAAAAAAUAUAUAUCAGCCUAUGUUAGAUUUAGAUACAGAUCAUAUGUGGUGUUCUCAUGCAGUAUUGAAGAAGAAGUUUAUGAAAUAUCCUGAAAAAUAUUGUAUUAAACAAUUUAUAAAUUAUAGUUUUAAAAAGAGGAGCAUUUUACAUUUGGAAAUAUUUGAACAACAAUAAUUCUGACAUUAGAAUAACAAUAAUGAAUUUUGCAUAUAGAAGAGCCAAAUUGGUCAUAGUUGACAAAAUCCUUUAAGAAUAAAUCCAAGAUCUUCAUAAGUAAUAUAAUACCACUGGGUAAAUCCCUAGACAAUCAUUACCAUUGUUGGUGUCUUGCUAACAAACUCCAAAAAUCUUGAAACAUUAAAUACGACUACAAUAGCAAUAUUAGGUUCCAAAUAUAAGUUAAUUACCAAUGUUGAGGAGCUAACACUAGUAAUUAAAAUCAAUGGAAUUUUAUGAAGCAACUGUGAAGGAUUAAAAAGCGCAUAAAUCGAAUAAAUCACUAAACCUUACUCAAGAGCAGGCAAAGAUAUAGUAAAAGAUAAAACUAUAAAGUUCAAAAGACUUAAUUUGA